CAAGCCAGUUCAAGCAAAAGAGAAUUGAAUUGCACUGCUCGAGCUUGCACUGAGGCGACAAUGGCGGCCGGAACGCUCCUGCUCCUGGCCUCUCUCUGCGCUCUCCUGCUCACGGCGUCCGCGGCCCAAUGGACCCCCGCCUUCGCCACCUUCUACGGCGGCAGCGACGCGUCGGGCACCAUGGGAGGCGCAUGCGGGUACGGCAACCUGUACGGCGCCGGGUACGGGACGCGGACGGCGGCGCUGAGCACGGCGCUGUUCAACAACGGGGCGGCGUGCGGCGCCUGCUUCACGAUCGCGUGCGACGCCCGCAGGACGCGGUGGUGCAAGCCCGGGACGUCGAUCACCGUGACGGCGACCAACUUCUGCCCUCCCAACUGGGCGCUGGCCAGCGACGCCGGCGGGUGGUGCAACCCGCCGCGGCAGCACUUCGACAUGUCGCAGCCGGCGUGGGAGACGAUCGCCGUGUACCGCGCCGGGAUCGUCCCGGUGAACUACCGGCGCGUGCCGUGCCAGCGGAGCGGCGGCAUCCGGUUCACCGUGAACGGGCACAGCUACUUCGAGCUGGUGCUGGUGACCAACGUCGGCGGCAGCGGCGCCGUGGCGCAGAUGUGGAUCAAGGGCUCCGCCACGCAGUGGAUGGCGAUGAGCCGCAACUGGGGCGCCAACUGGCAGAGCAACGCGCGCCUCGACGGCCAGGCCCUGUCGUUCCGGGUCCAGUCCGACGACGGCCGCGUCGUCACGGCGUCCGACGUCGCGCCGCCCGGCUGGUCCUUCGGCUCCACCUUCACGUCGCCCGCCGCUCAGUUCUUCUGACCAGCGAGCGCGAGCAUCUCAUUUAAUCUGGACCGUUCGAUCUCUUAUUAUUAUUACGAUUGGAGUGGUUAGGGCCAUUUGAUCGACGUGGCUUAGGAUGGAAGGCCGCCCACGAAGAAGCUUGUGUAUAUCAAUCACUAUAUGUACUGCACUUUUUCUUUUCUUUUUAUUUAUUUAUUUAUUUACUAGUGUAUACUCCAGUACGCACGUAUAAUUAUGUCGUGCCUAUUUGUAUAGUUGUAUUUGGAUUGGCACAUGGAAGUAUCGUGAGGAGCUCGCGAUGCAAGAGAAAUUUAAUUGGUCGCAUGGUAUGUAUCAAACCAAGGAAUUGCGAAUCUUCGUUCGA